AUGGAGUGGCAGAUAUAUGUGGGCAUUGCGUUUACACUGUGGAUCGUCCAGGUUCUCUAUAUAGCUGUGUCGUCUCCUCUGAGGCGCGUUCCCGGUCCAUUGUACACAUCUCUGACCAGGUUACCUCUGAAGUUCGCAAGUCUCACUGGGAAUCGCAUUUAUUUUGUGCACGAAUUGCAUCGGAAAUAUGGCCCAAUUGUCCGCGUUGCCCCGGACGAGGUUGACAUAUCUUCACUUGCCGAAUUCAGGGAAAUUCAUCGCGCCGGAACUCCAUUUUUGAAGUCAAAAUGGUACGAAAAGUUUGUUCCUUCGAAAAGAUCCGGAGUCUUUACAAUGAGAGACCCUAAAGAACAUGCUGUGCGGAGAAAACUGUUUGCACGUCCAUUUUCGAAAUCAGAGCUGCGCCGAACCUGGGAGCCAGCUGUCAAAGAGAAAGUCCAAUUGGCAGUCUCUCAGAUCCGGUUGGAGUUAAAGACAGACGGGAAAUCUGACUUGCUCAAAUGGUGGACGUUCCUUGCCACCGAUGUGAGCGGUCAUUUGAUGUUCGGCGAGUCAUUUGACAUGCUUCGGGUUGGGAAAAAAAACCAAUAUAUCCAUGUGUUGGAGUCCACCAUGAUGGGCUCUGGAAUCGGGGCGGAGCUUCCGUUACUGGCGUGGCUCGGUCGUCACAUUCCUCGUUCAUCGUUUCGGAACAUGUUCCGAGCAACCGACUACCUUUUCCAGUACGGACAGCGGGCGAUAACAAAUAGCCGGACGACUAGUAAUUCCAGUCGUAACAUCUUUGCAGGCAUGUUGCAUGAGUCAGAGAAGGGCGACGGCAUUAUUACCGAUGAAGAGGUGGUGUUGGAGGCUGGGAAUCUCAUCGUGGCCGGCUCAGAUACUACCGCAAUCACUCUGACAUACCUCGUCUGGGCAGUACUCUCGCAGCCGAACCUGCAACGCGAGCUAGAGGAAGAAGUCAAUAGUCUUAGCGCCGAUUUCAAUGACGCUGCGUUGGAGGAGUUACCGCUGCUUAAUGCAGUCAUCAUGGAAGCAUUGAGGCUAUACGGGGCAGCCCCGGGGGCGUUGCCUCGAGAGACACCUGAGGGUGGAGCGACGUUCUGUGGCUACUUCAUCCCUCAAGGAAUGACUGUGAGCACCCAGGCCUAUUCAAUCCACCGGGACGGGGAUGUUUAUCCAGAUCCCGAAAGGUUUGAUGUCAGCCGCUGGCUCGCACCGGAGACGAGCGCUUCUGAACUUGCCAAGAAGGCCUUUUCGCCGUUUGGAGCUGGGGGUAGAAUCUGUCUGGGAAUCCAUUUGGCUUGGAUGGAACUGCGAUUGGCGACGGCUCAAUUCUUCCGAGAGUGUCGAGGGGUCAGAUUGGCGCCAAGCGCGACAUGGGAGAACAUGCGGCCCGUGAAUUACUUUUUAAUUUCACCGAGAGGGCAUCAGUGCGAGAUUCAGUGGAACUAACUGGG